AUGGCAUCACAAUCUUAUGUUCUCGGAGUGGGCAUGACCCAGUUCCUGAAGCCUCGUCGCACCCGUGAAUACCCUGAACUUGGCUAUGAAGCUGCAGUCAAGGCACUGACCGAUGCCCAUAUUACAUACGAUGAUGUCCAGACGGGCGUUGCCUGUUACUGCUACGGGGACACGACUUCAGGCCAGCGGAUUCUGUACCAGCUCGGAAUGACGGGCAUCCCCAUUUAUAAUACUAACAAUGCGUGCGCAACGGGCUCUAGUGGCUUGCACCUUGCGCGUACUUUGGUGAAAGGGGGAGUGGUUGACUGCGUGCUCGUGGUCGGCUUCGAACAGAUGCGGCCGGGGUCAAUCAAGAGUGUAUGGGAUGACAGACCGAGUCCAUUGGGGCCAUCCACAACAAUGAUGGAGGAUACUUACGGGAAGCAUUCGAGUCCUAGGAAUGCACAAUACUUUGGCAAUGCGGGACAGGAAUAUAUGGACAAAUAUGGCGCCAAAGCGGAGGACUUCGCUGAAAUCGCUCGAAUUUCGCAUGAGCAUUCCCAACGGAACCCGUAUGCCCAGUUCCGGACUGCAUACUCGCUUGACCAGAUCUUGGACCCCAAGACCCAGAUUUAUGGCCCUUUGACUAAGCUCCAAUGCUCUCCAACAAGCGACGGAGCAGCAGCAGCAGUCAUUGUAUCUCAACGAUUCUUGGAUGCGCGACCUCACCUCAGAUCACAGGCAAUACUGAUGGCCGGUCAACAGUCAAUGACGGAUGGACCCGAAGUAUAUUCCCGAAGCGCAAUUGACCUUGUUGGAUUCAACAUGUCGCGGCAAGCCGCACGACUGGCGAUGAAGGAAGCUGGAGUGGAAGCGAAAGAUGUCAAGGUCUGCGAGCUUCAUGAUUGCUUCUCCACCAAUGAGCUUCUUUUGCUUGAUGCACUUGGAUUUUCGGAACCAGGAAAAGCCCAUGAGAUGGUUCGGCGUGGAGAUAUUACCUACGGCGGCCGUGGCCCAGUGAUCAAUCCAUCCGGGGGCUUGAUAUCCAAAGGCCAUCCACUCGGGGCCACGGGCCUUGCUCAGUGUGCCGAGCUUACCUGGCAACUCCGCGGAUGGGCAAACAACCGUCUAGUCUCUGGCACAGAUGUCGCGUUGCAGCAUAAUCUUGGACUGGGAGGAGCUGUGGUUGUAACAAUCUAUAAACGGGCUGAUGGAAAGGCGACCGAGGCUAUUUCAGAUAAGGUAAUUAGCAAAGUUUCAGGUUUGGGGUACAACCCAGCAGUGGAAGCUCGAUACAUCACACCCGAAGAUGGCGAGCGUGUUCGUAGCACAACAAAACGUCAUGAUUACCCGCUCCUCGAUACGACAGGAAAGCUCAAAUCCCGCAUGUGA